AUGAUUCCUAAUUUUAUUGGUUCUCCUUACAGGGGUAACGAGAGUGAAACAGGUAGCACUACCUUAUUUAAUUAAAGUUAGUUUUGUUUUAAUAAUACCGAAUAAAUUACAUUUCCUCAAUGCAAGAGAGGAAAAGACCAUUAAAAGUUAGAAUAUUUAGAUAAAAAUUUCCAACCAUUUUGUCCAAUUUGUGUGAGCUAAAUGCAAUAAUCAUCUAUGGAGUCUUUAUAGUUUUAUUCUCUAUAAUAGAUUAUACUCAAAACAGAUAUUGCUGUGAGGAGCAAAAACUCAAAAUAUGAAUUUCAAAACACUAUCAUUUCAGAAUCAAAAACUAAGAUGGAAUCUAUUUUAAAAGGAUUGUCUCUAAUUCAACAAAAAUUAGACUCUCCCAAAUACAAUUUGGGAUUUGCAAUUUAAAAGUUUGAACAAGAUUGUUUACAACCCAGCAAGCAAAUCCGAUCUUUGCAGAGUUUACUUAAGCAAAUAAGCUAGUAGACUUCUACUGAUAUAUUAGAAUUAAACUUGUAAAAGCUAAAACAGUAAGUAAUUAUACUUUCCAAGGAUGAAGUCAAACUAAAAAAAGAUGAAAGCGACUAAAAUAGGAAGGAAUUGGCACUUAAAAUAGAAAACUAUAUUGAGAGUUUAAAAGAAUCGUCUUUAGUAUUAUUUAAAUUGGUAAACCUAAUGGAAAAUUAAUCAAAUAUAGAUCCUUUGAUGUAAUAAAAUAAGCUUUCUUAUGAAGAAUAAGGUGAAUUGGAGGAAGAAAUACAACAAGAAAUGAAUGAAUUAAUUGAAAGUUAUAGAGAUGGAUAAAUUAAGUAAAUAAUAAAUGACAAGGAUUAAGAAAUUGCUCAUCUAAAGAGUAAAAUUUAAGAUUUUCAAGCAAAUUAAGUUGAAAUAUCAGAUAAAUUUGCUAAAUCUCAGCAAUGUGUUUUCGAACUUUCAAAUGAACUUGAAAAGGUCAGUUCGAUACUUAAAUUGGCAGGCGAACUAAACUAAAUUAAGAAACCUCAGGAUAUUCUAAAAGAUUAAUAAAUAUUAGAACAGUGUGAAUUUCUUAAGGAUGAAAAUAUAAGAUUAAAAUAAGAAAUCGAUCAUAUAAACUCUUAAAGCGAUGAGAGAAUUAAUGAUUUGCAAGAAUAAAUAGACAGACUGAAUAAUGAUGUAUUAUAACAUGAAGAAGUAUAAUAGAACUACUAGAACCUUUAAAAGUAAAUAGAAGAAUAAAAAUACAGCUAUUUAAUUUAAGAAAAUAAAUAUGUUGAAGAAAUUAAUAAAUUGAAAAGUAGUGUAAACUAAAAAGAAGCUGAUCUAAAGUCAUUAAAAUAAAUAAACGAAGACCAAUUUGCAAAACUGUAAGACUUAGAAAACAAAUUAAGAAAUUCUCAAGUGUAAGUAGAAGAACUAUAAAAUUAGCUUUCUAAUCAAUAUUAAUCACAAAGUACGAAAGAUAAUUUAAAAGACACCAUUAGUAAGUAGGACAAUAAAGUAAAAGAGUUAGAAAGUAAUCUAAAGAAAAAAGAAGAACAAAAAACAGAACUAGAACUGCAAGUAAAAGAUCUAAAUGAUAAACUAAAUACUUAAAAGUAGCUACUCUACAAAUCACAAGAAUAAGCUAAGUAAUCCUAAGAGUAAUCAAGGAUUUUCUAAGAAAAAAGCUAAGAAGCAAAUGAAGAAAAUUUAAAACUAAAGGAAAUUAUAAAAGAGUGCAAGAAUUAAAUUUAGCUUGACGAAAGAAAUAUUUACAGAUUAGAGAGUGAAAUUAAAAGCCUUUCUAAUCAAUUGAAAUAAACCUACAAGUUAGUCAAUGAUCAAUAAUUAAUGCAGCAAAGCUCAAGAUAAUCCAAAAUAGGUUUUAUUUCUAUGGCUGGUUCAAGGAGAGGAAGUAAUGAAUCUAAAAGAGGAACUGGAGGAAUGAACUCUGGUAAGCUUAAUGUACUGGGUAAUAAUUCUAAAAAGUGA